AUAUGCACAAGUUAAAUUUGAUUACAAGCAAAUCUGAUUGGCACCGUAAGUGAGAAUUCGCCACUCGUUUUCGCAAUAAGUUGGGCCCCUUCUCUGAUCCCAUAUGUAGAAUGGAUCGCAUAAAGGGGGCCUUUGGCUUUAGGAUCCCCUAAAACACUCGUGGCUGCCCCCUCAGACGUUUCAUUGUCGGGGAUGGCUGCCCUGCACUGCUGAGGAUGGGAUGCAUUUUUCCCGGCUUGGAGAUGGUGGCGCUACUUUGUUCAUUCGGCACUAGGAGAAUUUUUUGCCGACCUUCAGCCGCCGCUUGUUUCGGGGCCUGAGAAAAAAAUGUUCUGAGCUGUGUCGCCGAUUCAUCUUCUCGACCAACAUGGCGGACCAAAGUGAGAAGAAAGAAAACCCUAUGCGUGAGCUUCGUAUCAGAAAGCUCUGUAUGAAUAUCUGUGUUGGUGAAAGUGGUGAUCGACUUACUCGAGCUGCAAAAGUACUGGAACAGCUAACAGGCCAAACACCUGUGUUCUCCAAAGCUCGCUAUACUGUGAGAUCUUUUGGUAUCAGGAGAAAUGAAAAGAUUGCCGUUCACUGCACAGUCCGCGGUGCAAAAGCUGAAGAAAUUCUGGAAAAAGGCCUUAAAGUUCGCGAAUAUGAGUUGAGGAAAAAUAACUUCUCUGACACUGGCAACUUUGGCUUUGGCAUUCAGGAGCAUAUUGAUUUGGGUAUCAAGUAUGACCCAAGCAUUGGUAUCUAUGGUUUGGAUUUUUAUGUGGUUCUGGGUAGACCAGGCUUCAGCAUUGCUGAUAAAAAGCGUAAACGUGGCCGCAUUGGAGCUAAGCACAGGAUCAGCAAGGAGGAGGCCAUGCGCUGGUUUCAGCAAAAGUACGAUGGUAUCAUUCUCCCAGGAAAAUGAAAGUGUUUCAGAACUAUCAAUAAAGGAAAAAUCUAAUCCAUAAUCUAUUUGUUGUCAGUGUAGUGAGCAUCGUUGUCAUUUGGAUUGGGUAAAACUAUCUAUCAAAUG